AUGGCUUCCUCCGAUGCUAUUCUGCCUCAAACCGCCUUUGAUUCUCUUCAGUUAGACUCGAAGAACAUCAAGAAGCAAGGCGAGUUUAUGGGCAUCACGCUGCUUCUCAGUGAUGAAAUGGAUUCUCUGAUUAUUCAUGGAUUUAUCCCUGCUGCUCGCGCUGCUUUCUAUUGCCCAUCUCUACGCGAGGGUUCAGUGUUGCAGGUUUCACGGUUUGAAGUUGCAAGAUGUACUAAAACAAACAAGAUCACAGAUGAGAUUGUCAUACCAACGGUGGAAGUAAGGUUCAGUGACCUCUCUGAUAGAAAUAGUUCAUGGAAAGCCUAUCCAAAAUCUUUUGAAUACUGUCUGCUUAAACCAGCUGGUGAGCCUCCGUCUUCUAGAGCUGCUCAUGUGCAGCUGCUGUCGGCACCAUGGUCAUUUUUCAGGGUGGCAUUGGCCCGGCUGGGCAUUCUACCGAUGAUCUUAUGGGAAACGAGCUCUCUCUCUGACGCUUGGGCAUUGGAUACAGCUCAGAAACCAUAUGUAUGGCAGAGAUUGAACCCUGAUGGUUACCGACCAAGUGCUAGAAUGUAUGCUUCUGGCAGUGCCAGUUUUGACGGCAUGUUUUUACUCUGUGGUGGACGAGACAAAUUGGGGGCGCCAUUGGGAGAUGCAAGUGGUUUACUCAUGCAUAGAAAUGGUCAGUGGGAAUGGAUUCUGGCUCCAGGCGUAGCUCCUUCUCCAAGAUACCAACAUUCAGCGGUAUUUGUAGGUGCAAGAUUGCAUAUCAGCGGAGGUGUUCUAAGAGGAGACCGCAUGAUAGAUGCUGAAGCAACUGUUGCAGGAAGGUAUUUCGAAUGCGUAUCAACAAUUGAUGAUGUUCGUCAACUGCUUGGUAUUAUAUUUCCUGCAGCGACUGAAAAACUAAGGCCACCAGAGGACCUUCUUUGUUGAUGUGCCCAAAGUGUGGCAACACUAACGUAGCCGGUUUUGCAAAUAUGUUAGGCUAACUCAGAUCUUGGUGCUGACCAUGAGAGGCCUGCCCUCCCCAAGAUUUUAGUUGACAUCUAGUUUUACCACCUUUAACAACUCCCCUUGAACUCCCACUUGCCGCCAAAUCUAAAGUAGCCCUGCCUUCUGCAAGUGAUGUGGGUGCAUCUUCCAAAAGCUGUGGAUACGUUGCUGGUGAGGGAAACGAAAAGUACCAGUAACAGUGAUGAAUAAUCACAGAACGCAAAGCGUUCUGAGCAUGUGAAAUAGAGCUACCACCACUCUUACCUUCCCUUUUUCAUUUUGAGAUUUUACUUUAAAUUCAUCUUUCAGUGUUGCUUUAGUUAAGUAUUGGCAAACAGUUUACUUAUUUGGUUAGACUAGAAUUUUCAAAAUAGUAUAUAAUGCUUUGGUAAUGAUUUGAACACACUAGGUAUUUUGUCUCAUAAUCGCGUAUGCUCUGCUGAGUGUAUGAUAUUGAAGCACUUCAUUUAAAUUGAUAUCAAAUAGAAUUGCC